AAUUUAUGUAUAUUAUACUGUAUUAUAGAUUAAAUCUGCGGAACUUGCAUUAUUGGCUGCAGCUUCCGUAGUUUGUUGUUGUAGAGGAUAGAAACAAAAAUGUGUCGUUUUAGCAGUGGAUAAUAACGCUAUAACAUACACCCAGACACUCAUCAAGGAUCAAACUAGCGUGCGCAAUACUUUAUUAAUGCUAGGUGUGCUAUGUUGUUUUCAUGUGUUUGGUUUUGUAGCUGGGAAUGGGGGCACGCUUGCUUGUUCUGUACAUAGGACCACCCAGUAAGUGAGUUUGAGGGAGAGACUUGCUACUGCUUGACCACGCCCAGGGUUCAAACGUUCAUGAGAGAAAGAACUAACCGAUGUAUUCUGUUAUUAGCAGCCUUGUUUUACAAGCAGAUUGGAAAAGAGAGAUACGUCUCCCAACAGACUGCUGGUUGGUGGCUGCGUGCCUAUAGGACUUCAUGAUCCAGAGUUAAGGGGCUAGAAAAAAAUCUACCUCACCACCAGGUUAAGCGUAGUCUUAUUUAUAACAAUCUGAGAAGGACUCUCAGUGCCUCUCUAACAAACAAACAAGAGGUUACUGGUCAAAAAAAUACCAUUUUUCUGUUUGUUUGGGGUUUGAUUGUUUGUUUUUUGUUAACAGUCAGAAAAAAAACAACCUGGAUAAUGUUUGAUAAUUCUCAAUAUCCUUAUAACUGUUUCAAUUAUGAUGGCGAUGACUUUCUAACAUGUAGCUCAGAUGAAGAGAAGCACAUAUCCAGACCUGCAUACAGUUACAUAGCUCUCAUCGCAAUGGCCAUCCAACAGAGUCCUGGAACCAAAGUUACCUUGUCUGGUAUCUAUGAUUUUAUCAUGAAGAAGUUCGCUUACUACAGAUCCAAUCAAAGAGCGUGGCAGAACUCCAUCCGACAUAACCUGUCACUUAACAGCUGCUUUGUAAAGGUUCCCAGAACAGAGGGCAACGAGAAAGGGAAAGGAAACUACUGGACGUUUGCAACAGGCUGCGAAUCCAUGCUGGAUCUCUUUGAAAACGGGAACUACAGGAGAAGAAGGAGGAGGCGCAAUAUGAAAUCAGGAUACAGAGAUGAGACGGAUCAGAGUGACGGGCCCCCAUCCCCAGAGCUGCCCUCUGCACUCGGGGGAUUCCAUGACAACCAUCUGGGGACUGGGUCCAGGCAGCAGGAAUCAGACACUUUCUAUCCCAGUGACACCGGCCACCAGCAGGUUCAGGUAAACUCCAACCUGCCAAAACCUGACUCUGAAAUCAAGUUCAGCAUUGAUUACAUCCUCUCAGCCCCGGACCCAAUGCCAGGGCUGAGACCCCACUUCAGUGGGACGGUUAGCAAAGUUCACCAGCUGGAGCCACAGCACAUCAACCUGCAUGUCUGGACAAUGUGAAACUAGAGCCCUGUCUUAAUAGGAAAAGAGUUGGGAGGCAUUAUAACACCUACAGGCAUUAUCAGCCCCGUCCUUCCAAAUAGUAGCAGUGUAGUUUUUAGUUUCUGUACUGGUGUGAGAUUUGAUUAUUUAACCCCUGAACCUCUCCCAACACAGCUGUCUGUCCAGAACCAUGCAAGAACAAUAAAAUGUAAGAAAAGCCAAGCUGGAUCAUGGUGUUUUACAGAUCCACACUGUACAGGGUUUUUAAAGGGAUCUGUGUCGUGCACAGGAACCGGGAAUUCCUCAGAGGAUUCGGAAAAGACAUCAGAGGAAAAAGUGGUAACUGGCACAAAUAUAACAAUUGUAAUUAACAUCACUCUAUAAUGAUCAGUUACCAUGUACAGGACCAUGUGCGUUGUAGGAUGCCGGGCUGGUCAACUGUAUCUAAUCACUUAAUACAUGGUAGCUCUAAAAACUGUAAAUACUUAAACGCAGGCAGCUUGAUCAAUAGAGACAAAAUAAGAACUAGGUUGCUAAAAAUAAAAAAUACAAAAUGAUUAGACACAGAAUUGUGCUUCCAUUUUAAAAUGUUUUUUUUUAUUAUUAUUUUUUUUACAUUUUUUGUUUCUCAACUAUCACCCAAUCAAUUCUAAUAAUUAAAAAAAAAACAUCUUUAAGACUUCACCUUAACUUGUUGUUUCAAACUAUUUUGCUUUGCAUAAUGAUUUUAAGUAAAAUGCUCUGAGAAUGUAUUCUUUGAAGUGUAUUUGUAAAAAGGUUCAAAAGGGAUGACCAAGCUGUCAGUGUGUCCCUCUUACCUGUACUGAAAACCCUUAGCAAGCUAAUGGUGUUUCAUACUGUAUAUAUGGUGUAGAUUACUACAACUGUAUUUUUAAUUUGAGUUGUUAAGGCAAAAAUGUGCAAAGCAAAAAUGAUAUCCCCGAACCAGUGCAUGGUAACAGGCUUCACUGACUAAAUGUAAUGUAUAGUACAGCAGUUCAUAAUUAGGGGUUCUGGAUUUAGGGUUUUUUUUAAUCUUAUUUCUUAAUUUCUACUGUCCAAACAGAAUUUUAAAAAUUGUGUUUUAACCGGAUUUCACAUGUAAAUUCUUUAAAAAAAAAAAAAUAAAGAAAGAAAAAAAGAACAUUAAUCAACAUAUUGUAUGUACAGUAUUAUUAACUAAUGAUCAAGAUCCUUUUUGUAAAAUAAAAUGUUGUUUCCGUUUUUAUUGUGUGUGAUGAAUGGAAAUAUAAUUGAAAACUCUAUUUGAAGUAUUAAUAAAAUAUAAUAAAAAUAUAAUAAAAAAAAAUAACCUGAUUUCACCAAGUUUUCACCAGUGCGUAUGUACAAAAAUAAAGACUGACUAAACCUGCUUUGUAAUAUUAAAGGUUUUUUUCCCAUUGUUUUGUUUUUUUUUAAAUCAGAACCCUUGUUCAUUUAACUUUGUUUUUACAAGAUACUGCUAAAUAUGAUUACAACCAUGCAAAACUGUCUAAAAUUAUUUUCCUUGUGUCUGGGAUUUAGGUAUAAAUGUCAUGUAAAAAGUGUAUAAAAAAAAUAAUGUUACAGCACUUAAUAAUUCAUACUAUGGGAACAGAUAGG